AUGUUCAAGCUGACAUGUGGGGCAGAGAGGAAUCCCCUGGAUGUCUUCUUGGUCCAUUCACAGCAGGAAGACAAGCUUUGUUGGAGAAUUAGGAACAACUCACUAAAAGCACAUAGCUUGCUGGCCACCCAGCUGUUAGAAUUGUCCCCUCUGAAACAGGUCUCUGAGCUGACUGGUGGCCUUGGGCCUGUAUUGUGGCCUUGGUUCACCCCCAGCUCUGGAGAUAGGUGGAGGGAAGUGAGCCAACCUUCUGGAAAUUUUGGUAGUCAGCUCUUCAAUGGUGGGAUGGUGAGGAGUAGGUGA